UAAGCUAGCUAGUUAGCACUGUGCUAGGCUUAAGAAGUUGCUGUGCUCUAUGGAAUGGUAUCAUUUGGACACUGUCUAUUGCUGAGGAGGUAAGGUGCGGACACCACCGUAGACCUCCCGUUACAGGUUGAUGCACUGAAGAACUGAUCACUGGGACGAUGUAUGAAAAUGUCCCAACAGUCUCCAGUCAGGAGCGCCAGCAGGUGCUGCAGGCCCUGGAGCGUCUGCAGUCCAAGCUGGUCCAGAGGGAGGAGUGGACCCACAGCGAGAGGCUGGCCGAGCUGAGGGAGGCCCUGCAGAGCCCGCUGCUAGGACACAUCCUCACCCUCCAGCACUCCAUCAAACAGCUCAAAGAGCAGCUAAACUGCAUGCCGCCGGAUGCCUGCAGCGAGUUCAACUUCUCCAGGAAGGGCCAGCUGAUAGUCAGCGCCAGUCGCCCAGCCAGUAGCCUGGCCACGUCCGGCCAGGCCUCUCUCCUGUCCAAUAGCGCGGCCCCGUCCCCAGCAGGUCGCCCCUCCCCCGGCCAGCUCCAGAGAUGGAUCGACAGCGUGGCCAAGGGGCGCCACACGGAGCACAUCUCCCUGCCCAAGCCCCUCUCUGGGGGUCUGGGCUUCAGCGUGGUGGGCCUGCGGCCGCAGGGAACCGGGGGCCACGGGGUCUUCAUCCGACAGGUGCAGCCUGGGAGCGUGGCACACAGAGAUGGGCGGCUGCAGGAGAACGACCAGGUCCUGGUGAUCAGCGGCAUGGCUCUGGACCAGAGCGUGACCCAGCAGCAGGCCCUGGCCCUGCUGCAGCAGCCUGGGGAGCGGGUGGACCUGGUGGUGGCCAGGGACGGAGCCCCAACGACGGCCCCGUGGCCCGGCACGACCACGCCCAUUCAGACGGAGGAGUGGGGCCACGUGGAGCACAUCGAGCUGCUGAACGACGGCUCGGGCCUGGGCUUCGGCAUCGUGGGAGGCAAGGCCACCGGUGUGGUGGUCAGGACCCUCGUCCCCAACAGCGUGGCGGACAAGGACGGGCGGCUGCGUACGGGCGACCACAUUCUGCAGAUCGGGGAGACCCCCACCCAGGGGCUGGCCAGCGACCAGGUGGUCAAGGUGCUGCAGGGCUGCGGCAGCCGCGUGCACAUGCUCAUCGCCCGCGACCCCCUGGUCCAGACCCCCGUGGCGGGGCCCCCCCUGCCCCCUCCCCCGCCCAGCGCCGCCCCCGUCUCCUCCCUGCCGCCCCCCGCGCUCACCCAGCGCAGGGUCAGCAGCACCCCCAACCUGGAGGGUUAUGAGAUCCACGAAGUGCCUCUAACCAAGAAGGAGGGCCAGAGCCUAGGCAUCUCCAUCAUUGGCUACAACGCCUUAACCAGCGAAGACGCCGUGGGCGUGUUCGUGAAACACGUGGUGCCAGGAAGCGCCGCCGAGCAGAGCGGGAACAUACGCGUGCAUGACAGGAUCAUAGCGCUGGACGGGGUGAGCCUGCAGGGCUUCACCAACCAGGAAGUGCUGCAGGUGAUGAAGCAGACGGGCCAAACGGUCCACCUCACCCUGGUCAGGAAGAUGGCCGCCCCCAAACCCACAGCCCGCGUCCUGGAGAGAUCCCUGGACAAAGUCCAGAGAGAGCCGUCGCGCGUCUCUUUGAAGAGGUCGUCCGAGGUCAAGGCGCGGUCCUCAGACCUCCAGAGGGCCCCCGGGGCCCCCGUGGCCCCCAGCCUCCCCCUGGAGGCCCCGCUGUCCGGCCUGGACACCAGCAAAACACAGCUGGCCAGAGGUGUCGAGGCGGUCUCAGUGACUGAGCAGGAGCUCAGGGCUAAAUGGGAGCAGGCCCUGGGCCCUCAGUACGACGUCAUGGUUGUGGAGCUGGACCCAGUCAUCGAGGACGACGCUGAGCUCCAGAAGUUCUCCAAGCUGCUGCCCAUCCACACCAUGCGUCUGGGGGUGGAGCUGGACUCGUUCGACGGCCAUCACUACAUCUCCUCGAUCGCCCCCGGGGCUCCGCUCGCUAAGCACGGAGCCCUGAGGCCUGAGGACGAGCUGCUGGAGGUGAACGGGGUGCAGCUGUACGGGAAGUCGAGGCGGGAGGCGGUGGCGUUCCUGCGGGAGGUGCCCCCCCCCUUCACCCUGGUGUGCUGCAGACACCUGGCCCAGGAGGAGGGCAGCGAGUACCAGCCCGACCCAGAGGACUGGGGCUCCCACAGCCCAGACGCCCGGCUGGACGAGAUUGAACUGAAGCUAUCCUCUAUGCUGGCCGGACAGCCUUCCACCAGAGACACUGGCUACGACCAGCUCUCGGACCAUGUGACCUUGGAGGAGGAGCCUGUGGACCUCACGCCUCAGGACCACAGGGACCCCGAGGAAGAGGAAAAGAAUGAGCAGGAGGAAGAGAAGGAGUGGGAGGAGGAGGAGGAGGAGGAGGAAGGAGAGCUGGCUCUCUGGUCCCCUGACGUCCAGGUUCUGCAGUUGGAGAAGGGAGAGAAGGGCCUGGGCUUCAGCAUCCUGGACUACCAGGUAGAGGAUCUCCACAGGGCCUGGCCACCUGUCGACCCCCACCCUGGUCUCUCCCCCUCCCUCCUUCACCCGGCGUUGGCUCUCUCUCCAGCGCUCCCUCUCUCCUGCUCUCUCUCUUUCCCCUCCACUUCCCCUGUUCUUUCUCUAUCUCUCUCUCUCUUUCUCCCUCCAUCCCUCCCUCCCGCUAUAAUUCCUAGGGGAACGUAAACAGAGGGGGAACAUGAGAUCUUGAUCCCAAGUACCAGCAGCACUGACCCUUGCUAGAACCUGGCGGUUAGGCCUGGACGUUCUUGGAAAAUACACAGACAAAUGGAUAAAUGGAAGAUCUGAUGGAUGGAUGGAGGGAGGGAGGGUGCCAACUGAAUUGUUUACGUCCGUGACUAGAGUAGGGUUUUGAUGAAGUGGGCCUAAAUAUGCAACCUCUUGACAUAUUCCAGUCCCAAAUCAAGUGAGGGGUAUUGAGUCCAAUGCGGUACUGUUUGGGGCGUUCGGUAAAUAAAGCCCUUUGUGAGUAAUGGUAUCUACAGUAGCAUGCAGCACACCUGAUGUCACUCUGAGCUGGCUCCAGCAGGGCUGAAGGACCAGUCUGAGAUCCCAGUUUCAUGGUGCUCUGUCGAGGCCCAGAAUGAUGGCCCACCAGACCCAGUCGCAUGGCUGUUUAAUAGCAGUAAUACUAGCAGUGAACCUGG